AUGCUGUCGAUCAAGUCCUCUGUUGUCCUGCUCCUUGCCCUCGCCGGAGCUGCCUCGGCUGCUCCCAAGCGCAAGACCACUACACACAAGCCCCAUAAGCCCCACAAGCCCGUCGUUGCUCCCACCAAGCCUGCCAUUCGCCAGAAGGGCAUCCACUACAAGGACGGCAUCUUCCCUGCUCCCAAGGUCGAGGAGAUUGCCGCUGCCUCGUCCAACGGCCUGACCUACUACGGCGGCCCGGUCAUCGCCAACAUCGACGUCCAUCCCAUCUACUACGGCGGCAACGUCAACUACCAGAACGAGAUGGAUACCUUCUACGGCGCCAUCGUUGGCUCUCCCUACAUCAGCUGGCUUUCCGAGUACAGCACCCCCACCCAGAACAUCGGCACCGGCACCUUCUCGGGCUCGAUCACCCAGAACUCUGGCCUUAGCACCUCCACCACCGAUGACAACAUCAAGACCUGGCUCCGCGGCCUUGUCCAGAGCGGUACCCUCAAGCCCACCACCAACACCUACUACCCCAUCCACUUUGCUCCUGGAUACUCCAUCUCCAUGGGCUCCGACUCGUCCUGUGUCCAGUUCUGCGCCUACCACGGCACCAUCGAUGUCUCCGACAUCAGCUCGACCAAGUACCUCUACUACGGUGUCAUGCCCGACCAGGGUGGCUCUUGCGCUGGUGGCUGCGGCAGCAACCCCUCGACCCUCAACAACCUCCAGUCCGUCUCGUCCCACGAACUCGUCGAGGCUCUGACCGAUGCCGCUGUCGGUAUUACCACUGGCAACACCUUAGCCUGGUACAAUGAGGCCAACGGCGAGAUCGGUGAUCUGUGCACUGCCCAGCAGGCCACCGUCUACGGCACCGAUGGCAAGACCUAUGUCGUCCAGAAGCAGUGGUCCAACUCCCACAACGGCUGCUAUGUACCCAAAACUCAUAUCAAUCCUUCGAAUGUUUGA